AUGGACCAGGACAGACUGAACAGUUUACACCAGGAAAGGGUGAACAGAUUGGACCAGGACAGGGUGAACAGUAUGGAUCAGGACAAGGUGAACAGCAUGGACCAGGCCAGGGUGAACAGUAUACACCAGAACAGGAUGAACAGUAUGGUCCAGGACAGGGUGAACAGUAUGGAGCAGGACAGGUUGAACAUUAAGGACCAGGACAGGGUGAACAAUAUAGACCAGAACUGGAUGAACAGUAUGGACCAGGACAGGUUGAACAGUAUGGACCAGGACAGGGUGAACAGUCGGGAUCAGGACAGGGUGAACAGUAUGGACCAGGACAGGGUGAACAGUAUGGAUCAGGAGAAGGUGGACAGUAUACACCAGGACAGCAUGAAUAGUAUGGGUCAGGACAUGGUGAACAGUAUGGACCAGUAUAGGGUGAACAGUAUGGACAAGGACAGGGUGAACGGUAUGGACCAGGACAAGGUCAACAGUAUGGACCAGGACAGGGUGAACGGUAUGGACCAGGAGAUGGUGAACAGUAUACACCAGGACAGAGUGAACAGUAUGUACCAGGACAGUGUGAACAGUAUACACCAGGACAGGGUGAACAGUAUGGACCAGGACAGGGUGAACAGUAUGGACCAGGACAGGGUGAACAGUAUGGACCAGGACAGGGUGAACUGUAUAGACCAGGACAUUGUGAACAGUAUGGACCAGGACAGGGUGAACAGUAUGGAACAGGACAGGGUGAACAGUAGGGACCAGAACAGGGUGAACAGUAUGGACCAGUACAGGGUGAACAGUAUGGACCAGGACAGGGUGAACAGUAUGGACCACGACAGAGUGAAGAGUAUGGACCGCGACAGGGUGAACAGUAUACACCAGGACAGGGUGAACAGUAUGGACCAGGACAGGGUGUGCAGUAUGGACCAAGAGAGGAUGAACAGUAUGGUCCAGGGAAGGGUGAACAGUAUGUGCGAGGACAGGGUGAACAGUAUGGACCAGGACAGGGUGAACAGUAUGUACGAGGACGGGGUGAACGGUAUGGACCAGGACAGGGUGAACAGUAUGGACCAGGACAGGGUGAAUAGUAUGGACCACGACAGGGUGAAGAGUAUGGACCACAACAGGGUGAACAGUAUACACCAGGACAGCGGUGAACAGUAUGGACCAGGACAGGCUGAACAGUUUAAACCAGGAAAGGGUGAACAGAUUGGACCAGGACAGGGUGAACAGUAUGGACCAGGACAAGGUGAACAGUAUGAACAAGGACAGGGUGAACAGUAUGGACCAGGAGAGGUUGAAGAGUAUAGACCAUGA